AAUUCUUGCUUGGACUAAUCCGUUUUGCUCAUUUGUCCAAUCUUCAUGUGAUGCCUCUGUUUGUUACGACGAUUCGUGCUAAUUAAUUCUGGACGGGAUUUUAUUUUUAUGCCGAAAUUCACUUCAGCAAAUGUGCGGGGACACGUAAAUGUGAGAUCACAUUAGCAUAUCCGUUUAUUGUGGCAAAUAAAAGGUAUACAGGUAACUGUUGGUUGUGUUGUGUUCCUUGUCCAGGUAGAAAUCCUGACUGAUACGUUAAGUGGUGGUCCUCUCAACAUCACGUCAAAUAAACCUACGGAAGUAACACCAUUUAACCACUGUUUAGUGCGGUUUCGCGCUUUUAGUAACUCGCCCACCCACAGAGUUUACCUGUGCUGUAAUUUUCUGAAUGGGCUUGACCUGUUUUUCGUUUUCUCCGGCAAGAGUAAAUAAUUCGGUGAAAACAAUUAGGCUAAUUUAUCAACUGUUUUGUGUAAUAAUUAGUAGAAUAGAAAAACGAAGGACAGAGUAAGUAAAUUGAGAUAGCCGUGGCGUUAAUCUUGGCUCGUUCAAUUCCCUUUGAUUAUAACCAUCCAGCAAGUGUUGUUCCAAGCUAGUAUAUGACGACAGUACACUCCUCCAGCGACAUUCGAUACGGGCCUUGGUGGCAUGGCUACGCAAACAACAAGAUUGACCUAAUGGAAGCUCCAGUCGCAGUUUGAGGGGUUAACCUCCGCGCCCAUCCAGGAUUAUUAUUCAGCCCAUUAGGGCAAUUAAGCGGUCAAAGCGAAAGGAGUGUAGAUUCCGUUGGUCGUCUGAAAUUGGAUCAACUCCAACAUCAAAUAAACGGAAAUAUUGUUUGUGUGCGCGCUGCCCAUACCUGUAGUUUUUCAGUGUUUUUAUUUUUGGAUUCAGCAUUCGUGCUCAGAAAUCUGAUACGGCCAUCUAAGCGACCAUCCAUCCUUCCAUCCAUCCACUAUACUUGAUGAGAACAUCUACUUCUCCGAGCAAAUAUUGACAGAGUGCUGUCCACGUACUCUCGGCCUGGGAAAUCUUAAUAAAAUCAAUAACGGCCAUGAUUGUGCCACGAAAAUAAUCAGGGGAUGGGGGCACGUAUGUGCCCAACAGCCGACCAAUAAUUGAUUUCUAUUAAACUUUUUAACUUGCUACGAAAAAUCAAUACGUGCUGCGUUUCUGUAGUAACACUGUCAAACAGUUUUGCAAGAAUGGAAAAACACGGAGUUGUUCCUGAUGUUGUUUCUGUUGUGCCGAAACACGUCGCCGAAGUUCAUUAUCCAAAAGGUGUGAAAGUCCAGCUGGGGAAUACGCUAACUCCCACACAAGUCAAGGACCCGCCAACUGUUAAAUGGGAGGCCGAAAGUGACGCAUUCUACACGCUUUGUAUGACAGAUCCGGAUGCUCCAAGUCGCAAAGAUCCGAAGUUCCGGGAAUGGCAUCACUGGCUCGUUGUGAACAUUCCGGGUGAUAGCAUUGAAAAGGGCGAAGUCCUUUCGGGAUACAUUGGAUCAGGGCCUCCGAAAGGGUCAGGAUUGCAUCGGUACGUUUUCGUCAAUUACAAGCAAAAGGGGAAGAUUAGUUGCAACGAGAAGCGUUUGCCCAGCAAUUCGGGAGACGGACGCGGCAAGUUUUCUAUUAAGAAAUUUGCUGAAAAGUAUCAGCUGGGGGAGCCGCUGGCAGGGAACUUUUUCCAAGCCGAGUGGGACGAUUAUGUCCCGACUUUGUACAAGAAACUGGGAAUGUAACUGGUUGUAAUGUUAUGUUUAAUAAAGUGGAAUUAGUUUUAUAAUUGUCUUUUUUUCCUAAGCAAGCAUUGAAGAAUGACUGUUUUUUUUGUGUGAAAGUGUGUAUGUUUUCGGCCAUACUGAAGCGGUUUAAGUCUUUUUGAAACGAUUUUUUUAAACAAGGAAUCGUUUAUUAUCAAGUGUUGUUAAUUCUGGCACUUAAAUCGUGGUUUGUGAUCUGAAUAAGGUGACCUCAAGCUUAUAAAGCGGUUUUUUUCGUUUUUAAGCAAAGAAAUAUUCGAAGUCAUCGUUUUAUCUAUUUAUAUUUUUAUUAAUUAAUUUUAUAAAUGAAAAUAAUUAUAAAUAAAUAGAUAAAAGAGUUUUUCUGUUGUUGUGGAUUUAAAAGGGAAGAGAUUCAUUUAAAUUUAAGUAAUUCAUGGGUUCUAAAAUUUACAUACAUUGUCUUGUCGGCGAUAACAUAAAGUAUUGUUGACAGUUAAAAAGAGUCUUUCCAUUUUUUGGCAAUUUAGAAAAUGGAAAUCGGUUAGUAAAUUGAUUAGUAAUAUUACAUUUUUAUCUUUGUAGUUUUGCUGUCCCGUCCGUUAUUUCAAACAUAGAAAUGUGGCUCUUAUUUCUUACAUCGUGAAAUAAGACCAAUAGUUUUUAAUUUACGCUGUCUAAUUUUGAUAUUGUUAAAAGUUUUAAUAAUUAAAACAUGUCUGAAUAAAGUUUUUAGAGUUAUUUUCAUAUAAAUGAUUCUUUUAUCCCAUCCGACAUGUGUAAACCAAAAUUAAAAUAAUCAAAAGUCGUUACACAUUCCCUGGUUCUUUGGCUUCGUGGUUUUAAAAGUUUCAGCAGGUUUAAAAAUAAUUGUUGGAAUUAGUGCCUUUUAAAUUAACAGAAUUUUAUAACGAUUGUUCAACGAUAAAAAUGUGAGCUCGUUUUUGUGUCCCGUCCGUCAUCAAUUUGUAUUUAUUUUUCCUGCUCGUAUUUAAAAUGUUACAAAUGUGGCUACAAUUGUAAGUUGCAAACAGUUUAAGUGGUACAAGUUCAUACCUAUAAAGAAAAAACUACUUCUACCGAUAUUGAUAUUAACUUCGUGCAAAGUGUCCCGUCCGUUAAAAUGGAAGGGCUGCGAAAUAAUCCAAAAAGACGUCUAUUUUGUGAUCUACCUUCAAUUCAUCAACAUUUUUUGAGACAUGCAAAUAAAUUGAAAAUAAAAAAAAAUAAUUCGCAACAAUGUGGAGGCAUUUAAUUGUAAAAAAAUGUCAUAUGAGGGUGCAAGUUUCGAUGCCGCCACGGUUUUUUGCUUUUUUUACAAGUAUUGGCUCACCUUUUAUGAACUUGAAAUAAAGAGACAAAAUAAUAAACAGGAAAAAUAAAAUGCGAAAUGGUUUUAAAAACAAAAACCAGCGGCAUUUUCCAAGAACUUGAAACAUCCUGUACAGCAUAAAAAUACAGGUGUUAAGCACUAUCACCAUGGUCACUUUGGUUAAGAUCGGGUCGGUAGGACUUUUUUAUUUUCUUCAAGGGAAAGAAAGGAAGAUGGGAAAUGUAAUAAAUCAAAAAAGUUGAUUUUUUAGACGCACAAAUCAUAAAAAUGGGGUUAAUAAUGAGACCCGAAGGAAAGCUUUUUUGCGUUGUGCGCAUUGCAUUUUCGUUUUUCGUUCCAGAACCAUUUGCAUCUGGUGAGCGAG